AGCCCGUCGAAAACCCGAGGUUACGCCCGUCUGAGGCGGAGAGCAGCGCCCGGAGGAGGUGGAGCGCGACGGCAGCUCCUCACCGAACCCGGAAAGCAGUUCGGAGGUCUCUCGACCGGACCAGAAGCGCGUUAGCUCGCGGGAAUGCUAUCAAGCUAAGGUCAAGAAGCCGCAUAGUCUGACAGCAGCUAACGGGGACCGGAGAGCCGCGCGGCGGGUUCACAUUCUGAAUCCAGACAGAACCGAGAGCCUGGUGAGGGCGUGGAGCCCUACGUCUCCUGCAGCCCCGCCCUCUUCACCCCCCCACCCUCUGCCCUCAUUGGUUUUCUGUUCUACUGUGGGUGGAUCGUGGCGCUCUGAUUGGAGGCUUACAAAGGUGGGGUUUCGGUCUGGCGCCGCCUCCCCCGGGGGCCGGCGUGCGCUCCCAGCAGCCUGUGGUGCCCUGCGCCCCCCCCUCCACAUCACUGCACACUAGAGCCCAUGCCCAGGGAGGAAGCGCGGUGCGUCCGCCAGGAGCCAUGUGCCUCCCUCAUACCAACAACAUGGACAGCAAGAUACAGGGGGCAGGGCCAGGGGGAGGAGCUUUACUUCAGCGACAAGCAGGGGGCGUUCCUUUGGAGCCCUUCAUCCACCAGGUGGGGGGCCACACCAGCAUGAUGCGGUAUGAUGACCACACGGUGUGCAAGCCUCUGAUCAGCAGAGAACAGCGCUUCUAUGAGUCCCUUCCUCCAGAGAUGAAGGAGUUCACUCCAGAAUACAAAGGUGUGGUGCUGGUGUGUUUUGAAGGGGACUCGGAUGGAUACAUCAACCUGGUGGCGUACCCCCACGUUGAGAGCAACAUGGAGGGCGGAGCUAUGGAGCACGAGGAGCGAGAUCCCCAGGAGAGGGAGCAGCCGAGGAGGAAGCAUUCCCGCCGCAGCCUCCACCGCUGCUCCUCCUCCUCUGAGCACAGGGAGGAGCGGGCUGACAGGAAGGAGGCGCACGACAAUGAUCCCCCAGACAAUCUGACAGAGCUGAAGAGUCCCAGGAUCGACACCAAGAUCUACUCAGAGGUCCCCUUCCAAAUGCUGGACUGGAACAGCGGCAUCACCUCGGAGAAGAUCAGCCACAACCCGUGGAGCUUGCGCUGCCACAAACAGCAGCUCAGCCGGAUGAGGUCCGAGUCCAAAGACCGCAAACUCUUCAAGUUCCUGCUGUUGGAGAACGUGGUCCAUCACUUCUCGUACCCCUGCAUCCUGGACCUGAAGAUGGGGACGCGGCAGCAUGGAGACGACGCCUCCGAGGAGAAGGCGGCCAGACAGAUGAAGAAAUGUGAGCAGAGCACGUCGGCCACGCUGGGGGUCCGAGUGUGUGGCAUGCAGGUGUACCAGCCCAGCACCGGCCACUACCUUUGCAGGAACAAGUACUACGGCCGCGGCCUGUCAAGCGACGGCUUUCGCCAGGCACUCUACCAGUACUUGCACAACGGGAGGUGUCUGAGGCAGGACCUCUUUGAGCCAAUCCUGAAUAAGCUCCGCCGUCUGAAGGAGGUGCUGGAGAAGCAGGCAUCCUACCGCUUCUACUCCUCCUCCCUGCUCAUCAUCUACGAGGGGAAGCCUUCGAUUCCCAAACCUGGACAUCUCCCAAGCCGGCAGCAGCGUCCCCCUGGAGCACCUUCGGAGCCGCACUGCAUUUCAGGAUCAGGUGCUGCUGAUGGUUGGUGCCAAACCAGUGAGAACACCGAUCAGGACCCUCCCCCUGCCCAGGGGACCGGACAUGUAGCCCCGCCCCCCUCGCCUCCAACUCCGCCCACCAAGUCAGACUCCGUCACCCGACUCUCGCCCCUCUCUCAUGCACCCCUACUGUCCCCAGCCCCCAGCAUGGUUUCCCCUCCGCCACACCACCAGCUCCCCCAGGUGGACCUUCGCAUGAUCGACUUCGCCCACUCCACUUUCAAGGGUUUCCGUGGCGACACGGCCGUCCAUGACGGGCCGGACCAGGGCUACGUGUUCGGACUGGAGAGCCUGAUCGAGAUCCUGGAGAGCCUUCGAGAGGAGAACCUGCCGUAGCCCAGAAGCAGUACUCAUGUGUGGGCGUGUCCUCGUGAGAAACACCGCCAAUUUUCAAAUAAACCUCCUCCGCCCAGAGACGAGCCACUCCGACUCACUUUUAGGCUGUCGGACAAACAGUUCAGGCUAGGCCAUGAUGUUCUCCAGAACAUUCUACAGUCAUGUUACCACAGCAACGGCUGAGGGGGUCAAACACAUAUGGAAAGAUGAGGAAACCUUUCUCUGUGUUGUCUCUGUUCUUGUGAAGACCUCCGUGAUAAAUGCAUUCCACCUUGGCGUCUAGCAGAUCCUUGCCGCGUUUUGCAGGCGGAGCGGGACGCAGCGACAGACGUGCGUCCCGCUCCGAGCAUGGAUUUAAUUUCCGUCAGUUUGUCAUUACCAUAGCAGCCUUCCUGUCAUGAACACGUCUGAAGAGCUUCAUGUUAGCAGUAAGAAGGGAUGACCCACUUAUGUCUGCGAGGUGUUGAAAAGCAGCUGAGGGGAUCAUCGGAACAGAAGAUUCACAGUUUUAUUUUUCUGCUUCUGCAGGAACUGACUGUGACUUUAAUUUUACAGCUGGAAAUCCACCACCAACCAACUGCUGUUAAAUGUGGAGAAGACAGAUGAAAAUCUGCCAUUUGUUUUCUGUCUCAGAGGAACGUCUUCAGAAACACUCACAGACAGAACUUCUCGCUCCAGAACCCGGAGAGCAGAGUGACGUCUUCAGAAAGCUGGUCCUCACCGAGAUAGACAAACAGGCGUAAGUGCGAGCAGCUGCUGUUGGAGCCGUCUGACGGCGGAGUGGGACAGAGCAUCCGCUCUCAUUUCCAGGGACUAACCCCCCCGUCAGUACUCAGCCUUUUGUUUUCUCAAACCAAACCCGGUCUCGUGGACGGACCUUUUCAUGCGUUACCUCAAAAACGCUCUCAGAAAUGCAUCUGAGCUCCAGUCAAAGCAAUAGGAGGCAAUGAGGGAGUUUCUCCUGCAUCCGCCGCAGGAGGAGAGGAGAGACUGAGGAAAUCUUCCUCCUCCAGCAUCAUGGGGACAGGAAGUAGACUUGUUUUUUUUUUUUUUUUGCACAACAGGUUUGGGGAUGACAGACGUCAGUCCUGCGUGAUGUCGUCCACUGGAUCACUGCAUGGAGACGCUCUGCCAAACCUGGUUGAUCCUCACGUCUGUGAUUGUAAACAAAUCUCAUGAAAAGAUCCGCAAAGCUGAAGCAGUCCCUUUUUUAAUUGUUGCUUACUAAAUAUUUAAAAGAAAAAACAGGUUGAGCUGCUUUGGGAUAAAAAUGUAAAAACACAAUCUAAAUUUCCUGACAAAUCCUCGAUUUUAAAAAAUCUGCUGGUUUAAAUGUUUUUAAAUAGUUUUAUCCUUGUAUGUAAAUUCAAAGCUGCCCGGGAGUUCCUCUGGAAACUGUUCUGGAUUUGUUCCUACCAAGGAAAGGAUCUGGACACCAGCAGAACCCGGCAGUUUCAUGAGACUUGUUAGCGAUCUCUCAAAAAUCGGGGAACACCAGCCAUCUUGUGAGUGACUGUUUGAUAAAAGUAUUUUUCAUGUGCUGUAUAUGUGUAUGUACACAGACAGGCAUGUACCUCUGUGUUUCAGGGGUUAAGUUUGACUAUAUGGAGUUGAAUUUAAAUCUGCCCUGUCUCAAAAGUUCAACAAAUAUAUAUAUAUAUAUAUAUAUAUAUAUAUAAAGUAUAUAUAUAUUUGUAUGUCAUUAUCUAUUGAGAAUCAUGGUCAGCAUAUUUAAUGACUUCCUGUCGGAUCUGAUAGAUCCAGAUUAGAUUGUGUUAGCCAAUCAGAUGUGUCCAUUUGUACUCCUUAAAAGAAAAAAAAAGAAAGCAGUCCCUCAGGCUGGCCUUGAUGCAGCACUGCCCCCUGCUGGACAGCCUCAGGAACUGGAGUAAAGGGACGGCGUGAAGAGAAGAAAUAUUUUACUUUGGGUUUAACAAGGUAAUAAUUUAUUUUUUUAAACAUGAAUCUACCCACACGUGCAGGUUUGUCUUUUACACGUCUGCCCUUCAGAGACAUAUAGAACAGUCUACAGUAUUAUAGGACGUUCUGCUGCUUCCGCUGCAGGUUCCAGACCUCACUUUGCUGCACUUCUGCCCGCAGCCCUGCAGGGAAAUGUGCGUGUUAGAAAUGCUGCAGGAACCGGAGUUCGUUUCCUGUACAUCAGCAAUGUGAAGAUUGUCCUCAGUAAAUGGUGGAACAUAUUUAGCUGCAUCUUUCUGUGAUUUCAUCCUGACUGUGAGAACAGUUGACAUGAGAAAGAUUAAAUCUUUCCAGAAGCU